GUUACCAAAACAACUUCAUUUUCCCUCUCUGUCACACUCGACUUGUUUAUCUCUGAAAAACUAUUUGUUCCACAUUAUGGAGAAGCAGGUAAUGAAAUUAGCGUCACAGAAGGCGGUAGUAAUAUUCAGCAAGUCAUCUUGUUGUAUGUCUCACACUAUUAAGUCUUUGUUUUAUGAUCUUGGAGUAAGUCCGGCAGUCUAUGAACUUGAUGAGAUUUCUAAUGGAAGAGAGAUCGAAAGAGCACUUCAAAAAUUAGGAUGUAACCCUUCGGUUCCUGCUGUGUUCAUUGGUGGCCAAUUGAUUCAUAAUCCAACCAGCACCGUCAUGUCUCUUCACCUUAGUGGUUCUCUUAUUCCUAUGCUUAAAAGAGCCGGAGCCAUUUGGCUUUAAGAAUAAUCAAGUUAUAACGAGCCAACUCUGACACCAUAAUCAACUGGCUGGCUAGCUAGCUAGCAAUAACAAUACCAGAAGAAGCUUGCCGAUUGCAUUAUAAUACAUAGUUACCCUGAUUGUAACACUUAAACCCGU